GCCGGGCAGGCAGCAGCAGGAGCGAAGCCGGGCAGGGCGCAGCGAUGGUGGGGCGGCUGAGCCUGCCGGAGGAGGCGCCGGAGCUGCCGGAUUCCAAGCGUCGAACCGAGCGGGCGUUGGACAGUCCCGACUCCGGCUUACCUCCCAGUCCCAGCCCGGCUAGCUGGCUCGCUCAGGGGCUUCCCGAGCCGGAGAGCACCACCAAACCACCGGCCAAGGACAUUUCGUCUCCUCCUAACCCCCUGCGGCUCUGCCCACUCUCCUUUGGCGAAGGGGUGGCAUUUGACCCGUUGCCACCCAAGGAUGUAAGAUACACCUCCUCGGUUAAGUACGACUCCGAAAAACACUUCAUUAAUAAUGUUUACAUGCCAGUCCGGCUUGGUGUGUCGUCUUGCAGCCAAACCAUCAUCUGUGUUCCCGACAGCACAUGGCGCAGUUACAAAGCGGAAGUGCAAUUCCACCUUUGCAACCGACCUGGGAAUUUCACAAGCACCACCAUUGUGUACCCAAAGCACACCAAAACUGUGUACACCACUACCCUGGAUUACAACUGCAAAAAAUUCAACCGGAAAUUCUUAUCUAGCGUGGAGUUGGAAUCGUCCGGAAAUGAGAACCACUCCGAAAGCUGCUGACUUCCAAUUCUCUCUUGCUGAAACUCAGGUGGCUUCUACCCUGCCAUCUUUUUCAUGCUCAGAACUAAAAAAAAAAAAAAAUAGCAUCAGAGUGACCUGUUGGACAUCUGUACCACUAUGGAUUCAACAGGCAACAGGAACGAGGAAGGGAGAGCAUCCGUCAACGGUUACUUUGCUUCCUCCUAUUUGUUACAGGCCAUGGAGUUAAAAAAAAUUAAGCCUUUAAACACUGAUUGCUCCAAAACAUAAUUUUUUUAAAAAAAAAAAAUCAAAUUUCCCUCCCUUCAUCCAUGUUCUUACUUCUCGUCUUGUUGAGUUCAAUGGGGGAAAAAAAAUCUGAACGGUUGAUUGGAAGUGGUUGCAAAGUUGUCAAGCCGCCAUUCCUAUGAAAGGACCUGUAAAGUUAGCUGAAGCCCAAGGCAGGGGGAAGAAUGUUUCCAUGAAUGGGAAAAUGGGAGAAGAGAGAGAGAGAGAGAUGGCAUUUCAGAGUCUUUGGAAGAGAAAGCACUGCUUUUAUUAGACACUUUCAAAUAAAUCUCGAAUAACACCAGGAAUAAAUCAGCUUUCACCCGCCACUGAUGUGGUGGAAUUGAAAAAAAAAAAAAAAAUCAAGAGCUGCUUUAAACCAGCAUGGAAUCCUUGUGUAAAGAAUCUCACGUUUCACCCACAGUCACAUUAAAAGUUGGUUCCCUUCUAAAAUGCCCCUUUUUGCUUAAAAGUUCCCGUACUUCAUUUUUGCUUUUAUGUAUAAAAAUAGCAAUUUCCCCCCUCUCUUUUCUUUUCUUUUCUUUUUUUUUUUUUUUGCUUUCCCUUAAAAAAAAAUGACUUCAUUGGUGAUUCUGAUAUUUUUUAUACAGGGGUGAAAAUCAGGAUGUUUUUUCAGAGGGAAUUUAUCUUAAGUAACUUAAUUUUCCUCUUACUUAAAGUAAGAACUUUUAAGGGAUUGUGGAAACUGUAUGGUUUUCCUGAUUCGGAGAGUUUUAAAAAACAAACCUUUUUAAAAAAAAUCUCACCUUUUAAAGCCAUUGUGAUUUUAAGGCUAAAUUCAGCACUUCCUUUGUUAAGUUAAAGCAAUAUUUUUUUUUUCAAACAUGGCCACUUUAAAAGGGGGUGGGCUUCAAUUCCCAGAAUUCCCCAGCCAGCAUGGCUGGCUGGGGAAUUCUGGGAGUUGAAGUCCACCCAUCUUAACGUUCCCAACUUUGAAAAACACAAGAGCUAAAAAGUAUAAUAUAUAGAUUUUGCUAGAGCAGUUCCUAAUUUUAGAUGGAUGUAAAAUUUUUUACAAAAAUUAGCUGUUCUUCUAUUCAGGAUGUUUGAAGAAUUCGGAAUGCCUCCAGGCAAUUUGUCUGAAAUGAUUUUACAUUUAAAGAAAAAGACCAAUGAGAGAUAGAUGUACUUUAACCAAUAUAUCUUAUUUGCUCAGAGGUGGUAUUCAGCCGGUUCGGGAGAGCGGGUGAGCCCACACACCCGCCUCGGCGCUAUGCCGUUCUAUUUAGCCAUGUUUUCUAAGCCGCGUGCACAGUGGUGAAAUCCAAAUAUUUUUAUUACUGGUUCUGUGGGCAUGGUUUGGUGGGCGUGGCAGGGGAAGGAUAUUGCAAAAUCUCCAUUCCCACCCUACUCUGGGGCCAGUCAGAGGUGGUAUUUGCCGGUUCUCCGAACUACUCAAAAUUUCCGCUAGCGGUUCUGCAGAACCUGUCAGAACCUGUUGGAUUUCACCCCUGCGCGUGGAUGCGUGCAAGCCGCCCGCGUGAGCAAAGCAAUGUGUGGAAGGCUACGCAGAAGGCGUGCGCGCGUUCAUAUUUUCGGUGCGCGGUGUACUGGUGGUAAAAUUAUCUGAAACCCACCCCUGUAUUUGCUAUAAAAUUAGCUGUCCGUUCUUUCCCCGUGACUUUUGCUAGUUCUGUUUAUUAUAACGAUCGAACAAAAGCAUUUUUGAUUCAGACAGGCCUUUUAAUCAUUAAUUCCAAAACAAUGAGACAAUUAAAUGCUACGGCUUCACUUUUGAUUAAAAAAAUUUACUUAUCAUGGGAUAAUUUAUACAGACAAGGCAGAAGAGAGGAAAAAUAGGUAAUUUCGUGCACUUGUGGGAAUUAGCCAUUCAUUUUUGAGAAAGGGACAGCUGCAAAAUUGUUUCCCAGGGUAAAGUUUUUACAUCUGAAGCUCUUCUUUUUUUUUACAUUCUUGAGUGCGGAUUAAAUGUGAUGUGUGUUUUAUUGUCUUCCAGCUGUUUUUUUCUGUGUGAAACAAGUGGUGGUUUUAGGAUCAAUACAAAAUGUGAGGGAAAAAAAUCAGCAAAGGUUAAGAAACAAAUAUUUUUUUACUUUUGUGCGUUCAGGAUCAAUAACCCCUAAUCACAAAAUGAGAGAAAAAUUAAGCAAAGGUUGAGAAACAAAUAUUUACUUUUGUGUUUUCAGGAUCAAUAAUCCCUGAUCACAAAAAGUGAGAAAAAUUCAGACAAGGUUCAGAAACAAAUAUUUCCUUUUGCAUAGGCAGUCACGUAACUAAGUUAAGGCUGGCUUUAUCAUGGUUUAUAAGAGAAGCCACAGUGGACUGUAAUCCAUGGUUUAGGCAUCUUUGGUGAAUCCAGAAAAUAUUCAUAAAAGUGGUAGAAAAAACAUUCGAAAAAAUGUGUGGUUUUUUUUUUAAAAAAAAACAGCCCACCUCAAACAGAUUUAAUGGAUGGAAUAUAAAUAAUCUAAAAUGUUGAGUGAAACUCAGUGCUUUAGCUUUAAUUGAGAAAGUUUUUUUGAAAGUGAUAAUAAGAAGGGAGAAGUAUUUUGUGAUAUUUGUGUUAGGUCUGAUUCGUGGGGAGGAUUUUGUUGGAGCAAAGCUGUGUUAAUUUAUGACAAUGUUUUCCAAUUUUGGCAAACCUUAAAAUGGGUGGACUUCAACUCCCAGAAUUCCCCAGCCGACUAGGCGGAAUUCUGGGAGUUGAAGUCCUUAGUUAAAAUUGCCAAGUUGGGGCGAAAAAAAAUCAGGAAUUAGUAGGACCUGUUUUCCCCCAAAAAUUUUAUUAAAAGCUUUGCGAGUCUUUUUAACAAAAUCACACUAUUUAACAAAACUUGGAAAAUCUCUAUACUUUUAAGUCAAAUGUGUUAGGACUCUUGAUUUUCACUCACGGGGAGGAUUUAGAGCAAGUUGCUUGUUAGAACUGAUUUUUUUUAAUUUAUUUUUUUGCUGGAUAGGAAACCUGAGAAGUAAAGAAAAAAGCGCAUUUUAGGGAGAGCAGUACAUUCCUUUAUGCAAACAUUGGAUUUCUCCAGGCAGCUUCUCUAAAAUAGCCUCUGGCUGAAAGACAAAUUCAGUUUUGGAAGUCCUGAACUCAGGACAGGGUGCAAAUAAAUUAUGAGAUCUCAGCUAUCACGUGUAGUUUUAACCUUGCCAAAGAGGGGAAUAAUAGAGUUAUUCUUUAAAAAAUAAAUGUUCCUGAAAGGAGCAUGUUAAGGGAAACUGCCGUGGGCUGUUGUAACCCAGCCAAAAACUUAAAAGUUGCUCCGAAUUGCUUACACCAGCGAUAUUUCAAGCCAACUGCCUUGAUUUUUUCCUCCCCUUCUGGCAGCAGAAAGGAAUUCCUUAAAUUUGUGAAAGGACCUGUUUGAGACCUGCCAGCUAUUGUCUCUCUUGCGGCCUCGGGUUUAAAAAAUGAGGAAUAUUUUAGUAGGGCACGGUGUUCCUUGUAAAGGAACAUAACUCAAGUCAUCGGCAGUGCAUUCCAGCAACGGGGUUUUUUUUUAAAUUUAAAAAAAAAAAAUUCUAAAAACGAUGUAAAACGAUCCGAGGAUGGAAAAAAAAUUAAAAAUAACAAGUUUGUUAUGCUACUGCAAGUUUUACGGGAGAGCUCUGGUUAUUUUCACUGUGCAAAAAAAAAAAAAAAAAAGUAGCUUUCGGCUUUCUUUUUAAAAUUGAGAAUAGAAUAGAGCUGGAAGGGACCUUGGAGGUCUUCUAGUCCAGCCCAGAGUUGAAAUCCAGCAGGUUCUGGAGAACCGGUAGCGGAAAUUUUGAGUAGUUCAGAGAACCGGCAAAUAUCACCUCUGGCUUGCCCCAGAGUAGGGUGGGAAUGGAGAUUUUGCAAUAUCCUUCCCUUGGAGUGGGGUGGGAAUGGAGAUUUUGCAGUAUCCGUCUCCUGCCACACCACGCCCACCAAGCCCCGCCCACAGAACCAGCAGAGCCCCCUGCUCUAGCAAGAGACCCCUAUGCCAUUUCAGAUAAGUGGCUGUCUAGACUCUUCUUAAAAAUCUCCAGUGAUGGAGCACCCACAACUUCUUGUGGCAAGCUGUUCCACUGGUUAAUUGUCCUCUUUGUUAGGAAGUUUGAUUAGUUUCCAUCCGUUGCUUCUUCUCCUGCCUUCUGGUGCUUUGGAGAAUAGGUUGACCCCCUCUUCUUUGGGGCAGCCCCUCAAAUACUGCAAUAUAAGCCUUGGUGGCGCAGAGGACUAAAGUGUUGUUAAAGUAGCACUUAGCUGCCAGUUGCCUGCAAUUACUGCGAGUUCGAAUCUCACCAGGCUCAAGGUUGACUCAGCCUUCCAUCCUUUCGAGGUAGGUAAAAUGAGGACCCAGUUUGUGGGGGCAAUAAGCUGACUUUGUAUAAAAAAGAACACCGUUUGGGGGGGCCGAAAGCCCUACUAAGCAGGUAUAUAGAAAAGUAUGAAGGCUGUUGCUUAAAAGCAUUGUAAGCCGCCCUGAGUCUCCGGAGAAGGGUGGCAUAUAAAUCGAACUAAUAAAUAAAUAAUAAAGAAAUAUUGCUAUAAUGUGCCCCUUAGUCCUUCUUUUCUCUAGACUAGCCAGACUCAAAUCCUGCAACCGUUCUUCAUAUAUUUUAGUCUCCAGGCCUUUGAUCAAUUUAGUUGCUCUUCUCUGAAUUUUUGGUAAUCCUCGACUUACGAACAUUUUUACCGAUUGUUUAAAGUUGCCACGGCCCUGAAAAAAGUUUUUUAGCUUUUUAAAUUGUCAAUGGGUUUUAGUUUGAAUGUUUUAAAUUUUGGGCCAAAGUCAUGUAAUUCUUUUAAAAAAAAUUUAAAUUUUGUAUUGGUAUGUGUUUUAGUUCUGGCUGUGCACCGCCCUGAGUCCACUAGGAGAAGGGCGGUAUACAAAUUGAAUGAAAUAAAAUAAAAAAAUAAAUAAAAAGUGACUUAUGGCCAAUUCUCACACUUAAAAGAUGGUUGUGGUAUUCUUAAGAUACCAUGAUCAAACUUGUCCAUGGAUUUAUGUUUACGACGGUUGUAGCAUCUCAACGCUUACGUGAUCAAUAUUUGUGACUUUUCCAGCCAGCUUCCAACAAGCAAAGUCAAAGGGGUAAGAUGGAAGCCGCCUGAUUCACUUUAACAACUGCAGUGAUUUCCUUAACACCGGUGGCAAAAAAAGGUCAUAAAAUGGGGCACGGUUUACUCAACCACCAGUAAGCAAUGGAAAUUCUUCGUAAAUUGAGGACUGCAUGCAUAUCCAAAUGAAAAUCGUCGUAAGUCAAGUUUAAGAAAUUGUGCUUUUGCAUUUUAUCGGGCUGUUUCCCCAUCUUAAAAUUCUUUGCCAUGAUAUUUUGUCCUGCAAAAUUACUUAAAAAAAAAUAAGUAAAAAUAAGACUUUGGGGGGGGGGGUUUACCUGCCCAGCCAAACUUGGAAGCCAGGGUUCAAAAAUUAUCUGAAAGGGCCCUUAGAUUCUGCUAAAUAAAUAAAUAACUAAAUAAAUUCCUCCAUGUUCAUUUGACAUGUUGUAACAACAGUUUUCUGUGGCCUCCUGGUGUGCAUUUUGCACACACAAAGGCACACCUGGUGAGAUUUUUCACCAUCUGGCAUUUUCCCAGCGUGAAUUUCCCUAAAGACAGCAUCAGUUUUCAUAGGAUAUACAGAAUAGAUUUUUUUAAAAAAAUACAUCUGUUUUGCAAAUGUUACUCUCGAAUAGGUGUGCUCCGGGUUCUUUUAAGUUACAUUGCUCAAGAGUUUUGAAUAAAAUAAAAGAGUUUUGAAUAAAAUAAAAGCUUUGCAUAAAACCUUGGUGUUUUUUUUUUAAAGAAAAAAGUCUCGCUCUUGUGUCAUUUUCAACGUGAAUGCUUUGAAAUAACUUGUGUAUUUUUAAAGGAGGUUUCAAAUGUGCGAUGUAAAGUUUGUCAGGCCAAAGAUAAUUGGCUAUUGAAAUCCCUCUUUUUCAUGUUGUAAUAAAUUAUCAGAAGAAAAUA